AUGGACUGUGUAACUACGGUUCAACUCUCAAUUUUUGCGAAUGGAGGUAUUAAGAACAAUGUUAUAUCAGGCCUGCAGAUGGAGAGGACUUACCCUAUUUUGUCCCAUAUUUUUUUCGCGGAUGAUGUUUUUCUGUUCCUCACUGCCAGCAGCUCAGAAUGCUCCAACAUGAUGCAUUUUCUGCGACUCUACAACGAAGUUUCAAGCCAAAUCAUAAACCUAGAAAAAUCAGAGGCAUUCUUCUGGGCCAAUGCUCUUGCUGAGUUAAAAGACAGGCUCUGUAAAGAGUUAGGUAUUCCUAUGGCUAGACAAAAUGUGAAAUAUCUGGGCUUCCAACAUGGUGGGGUAGAUCCAAGUCCGAAGCCUAUGAAAAGCAACCUUGUGAACAAAGGAAUUCCGUGGGCUAAUUGGAAGUCUAUGUGUUCCUUAAAGUUUCAUGGGGGCAUGGGUUUCAGAGAUUUUUCGGCUUUAAAUCAAGUUAUGCUUACGAAACAAGGUUGGAGACUGCUUUCUAAUCCUCAAUCCUAUUGGGCCCGUCUGUAUAAGGGCCUGUACUUUUCUCAUUCUACCUUUCUAACAGUUUCUCAAGAAGCAAGAGGUUCUUGGGCUUGGCAUUGCUUGCUAAAUGGGAGGGACCUCCUCCACAAGGGGACUCGAUAG